CUUUCCUAAAACGUUCGUUCCCAACCCUGUGUUUUUGAUGAUAAAAAGAAAAACAGAUUCAUUAAAAAAAACACAAAAAUACGUUUAAUUUUUAAUAAUUUGUAUAUGUAAUUAUAUAUAAUCUGCAAAAACUAAAAAGUAGAUUGAUUAAGUGUAAAUUUCAAGUUCAAGUAUUAAUUUAACUGCUACGUCGCAAGGGAUAUGAUCCAACAUUCACAAGAUAGAUGUGGAAAAAUAAGGAAUACACCGAAAAUACCAUCUGCUAGAGCCUCAUUGCCAAGAUAUUCUGACGAAAUGCAAUAUCAAAGCGAAUAUUCCCAUAAUCACGAGAAUUACGAUUCAGAUUCUUCAAAUGACGAUGGAGAUGACUCUGAGAGCAGUAGCAAUGAAAAUUCAUCAUCAAAAUCUUUAUCAACAACUUCCUCGCCUAUUUCACGAAAAAAUCAAUCCCCAACUGUGAGAAAAAGGGAAUUCACCAAAAGUCCAAAUGCUUCAUUAAAAAAUAAUAGAAGUGAAACAAGUCCACGGAAUUCAACACGUAAAAAAACAUCACAAAUCGAAAAUGAUGAAAAAAGUGAAUCAAUUAAUACAAAUUUAUUAAUUGUCCUAUCACUACUCGCCAUUGUUGCUGUAUUUUUUAUUUUUACACUUUUUGUACCAAACAUUUUUGCCUCUACUACUAGUAAUACAAGUACACCAAAUAGAGAGAUUAUUUUAAAACACGUGGAAAAUGAAAUAAGAGUGUUGAAAAAAGAAUUUCGUAAUCAGGAGAAAAAAAUUUGGCCCGAAAUAUAUUCGGGAAUUAUUGAGGUUAUUAAUAAUCCAACGAGACCAUCGAUUUUUGUGUUAUUCGCCGAUAGGAAUGAUUUAAUGAGUUGUUUGGCAUUGACAAUUGCGGAAAUUGGUAGAAUGGCCUUUGGAACUGAGGAGAGUCUUAAAGUGAAACCAACUCAAUUGGAUAAUGACACUGGCGAUGUUAUCACUAAAUUACGAUCUGUUAUUCCUCAACGAAAAUCUGUGAUUUUCUGGGAUUUUUUGAGUAUAAAUGACAAGGCUUUGAAUGCUUUUCAUUUUAUUUGCGAUAGGGAGAAUCCAUUGGUUCAACAGGCAAUUUACGUGAUAACAGUUAAAGCCGAAGGCUAUCACGAAUCAGAAAAUCCACUACGAUUUAUUGAGAAUAAAUUAAGAUCGAAUUUAACCGGAAGAAUAAAAGACGAUUCUCUAAUGCCCCUGAUAACAAGAAUCACUGACGGUCCCAUUAUUUCUGUAAAACCGGAAUUUAAUAUGAAAUGUAGAUAUAAAAAUGCCUUCGAUUAUUAAUUCAUCAAUAUUCUAUCGUCAUCUCAAAUUUUUCUUCUCUUGCAAAAUUAUUUCAUUUUCAUUUUGAACUUUAGCAAUAUUUUUGCUUUAUUUAUCAACAAUCGCAAUGUUGCAUAAUAUUUUUCUAGUGGCUUAUUUUCCAGUUGUUAAUUAUUUUGAUAGUUUUUUUUCGUUUAACCUGAAGCGAAAAUUUUGUCAAAUUCAAGUCAUUAUUAGUUUUUAAGAAAAUUAUAUACUAUUUAUUAGAAGAGAUUUUUUUUCAUUUUUUUUCUAUAUACAAAAAUGUGAGAUUUCGUCGUAUUUUUAUAUUGUUAUUUAUUUAAAAAAAAACUUUGUUUUCGAAUAAUUUACAACUUAAGAGGAAAAAUUUUAAUUAACAUAAAACUUCCGUUUAUUUAAAUUUAUUGAAAGACUUAUUUUCUUUUGGACGUAAAUAAAUUUUUCUAUACAUUAAACCUUUAGUUCUUUAUUCCAUAACUUACUAAUUUUGGAUGCAAAAAAAAGAGGAAUGAAAACACAUUUUUCAUUUUUAUUUUAAGACGAAUUUACUUUCAGUAAGGCAUUACAAAUAAUAUAUAAUUUUUUUUUUAUCGAAAUCUAUUGUAUACUAAUUGCACAGUCUAAAUUAAAAUUCUAACGCAAUAAAAUCAACUUUAUUUUUAAAUGAUUAUAGAACGCAAUGCAAUGCCUUCAAAGUUGAUAAUACAUUGACGGAAUUAUUUCUCAAAAACGAAAAAAAAGAUAAAAAAAAAUGCUGUAAAAUUAAUCAUAUGCAUCAUUAAAAGAAAAUAAAAAUUAUUAAAAAGAUCCUAAUUUCUUUUUAAAGUUGACGCACUUGAUUUAAUUACUGUGUAAUUAGCUUUUCAUCUAUAUAUUUUGUUUUAAAUUUCGAAUAAAUCGAUGAAUAAAAAAGAAAUUGUAAACACAAAUUUUGAGGCAUACACAAAUUAGAAUUUAAAUUAUUAUUCAAAAGAAUGUUUUUUUUUUCAUUAUUUUCACGAUUUUUCAUGUUUCUAUUUUCAAAUGUAUAUUUGAUAAAAAGUAUAAUAUAUAUUGAAAUUUAACGUUUCAUCGAACAAACUAUAAUAUUAUUGGCGUUGUGUAACUGUCGGCAGUCCUACCGUCUUCAAUCACAAAAAAAAAAAAAAAUUGAAAGAAAAAUCGCCUCGUUGCCAUUUAACAAAUAACUUUGUACAAGAAAAUUAUUAAUCCUAUUUAUAUUUC